AUGGAGAAAUACGAGCGCCUCGAAAAGGUUGGCGAGGGCACUUAUGGCACCGUGUACAAGUGUCGACAGCUCGCAACCAACACGAUCGUCGCGCUCAAGAAGAUCCGGCUCGAGGACGAGGACGAGGGCGUGCCGAGCACGGCGCUGCGCGAGGUCAGCGUCCUCAUGGAGCUCGGGCAGAGCACGCAUGCUGGCGCCGAGUGCAUCGUCAAGCUCCUCGACGUCAUCCAACUCGACGACUCUCUCUCGCUCGUGUUCGAGUUUCUCGACCUCGACCUCAAGAAGUACAUGGACGCCGCCGCGCUCGUCGCCAAUGCGCAUGCCCACCACCACCAGCCCGCACAGCUCGACGACGACGGCAACUGGAGCGUACCGCUGCCGCCUGUUGGGCUGCCGCACAAUGUCAGGGGCAGGGGCAGGGCAAAGAGGGGCCUGCCGAGCGAGCUUGUGGCUAAGUUCAUGUCGCAGCUCCUGCUCGGCCUCGCGCACCUGCACUCGCGCCGCAUCUUGCACCGCGACCUCAAGCCGCAGAACCUCCUCAUCGACAAGGAGGGCAACCUCAAGAUUGCCGACUUUGGGCUCGCGAGGGCGUUUGGCGUGCCUUUGCGCACCUACACGCACGAGAUCAUCACGCUGUGGUACCGCCCGCUCGAGGUGCUCCUCGGCGGCCGGCACUACACGACGGCUGUCGACGUGUGGUCGUGCGCGACCAUCUUUGCCGAGAUGGCGAGCGGGUUGCCGCUCGUGCCCGGCGACAGCGAGAUUGACCAGAUCUUUCGCAUCUUCCGGCUCAUGGGCACCCCGACCGAGUCGACCUGGCCCGGGCUCGUCCACAUGCCCGACUACAAGGCGUCGUUCCCGCAGUGGCGCGCGACCGACCUGCGCAGGGCGCUCCCCGAGAUGGACGACCGCGCGCUCGCGCUCCUCAACGGCAUGCUCCAGAUCGACCCCGAGCGGCGCAUCAGCGCAAAAGCCGCCCUCCGUCACUCGUACUUCCACCCGCCCUCGUCCUCCUCGGCCACCACCUCUCCCGUCCUCGCCUCGUCCUCGUCAGCGCAGGCGCCCAACCCGCUCCUGAACCCGUUCGGCCUGACGGGUCCAGCAGCCGCGACGCACUUUCCGCCGCCGCACGCUCAGGCGCAGGCGCAGGGCGGGCAGACGUACGCGCAGCAGGUGGCGGCGUAUGCGGCGCAGCAGGCGGCGGGACAUGGGCAGGAGGCGGGAGGAGGAGGAGGAGGGGGAGGGGGCCUCAUGGCGAGCCCGAUGCGCUGA